AUGGGGGUCCUCCUCCUCCGCUGGCCCCCCCUGAUCCUGUGGGCGGCUGCCCACCUGCUGCUGCUCCUGGACUGCGCAUGUAAGGACUGUGCUCUGGGGCGGGGGGCGAAAAUAAUUUGCACUCAGCCCACCCUUUGGGCAGGAGGGGCUUUGUGUGGGGCGAGGGGGGAGGCCGAUGGGGCGGCUGCAGCUCCUCCCUCGGUGGGGACCGCUCUUGCUCCUCUUGGGGGGCUGCUUCGGUGAGUCCCCCCGAGUGCCACAAGUCGGGGUGGGCAGAAUGUAGAAAGAGAGCGGAGGGAUUGCCCACCGCCUGAUCCGGAUCCAGUCCGCUUCCUAGUCUCUCCUUCCUCCUCCUGAUAUUCUCAUCUGCAGGAGAUACUCCCCUCCCUGCUGUUCUGGAGACCUGCUCUCCCCCCCAAAAGCCAGUCAGGGAUUCAGUGGGGAGAUCCAGCCAGAGGGGACUCAUCGUAGUCCAGAAUUGUGGUCUCCCAGCGCCCCCCCCCCACGAGAUGCCCCAGGGGGAACCCCCAAAGGAGGACCUGACAGCCACAGCUGCCCUCUCCCCACUUAAGAAUCCCGGCAAGUGGAGGGGGCAACCUCGUCGUUUUUAAAAAAAAUAAAAAUAAUUGUAAAUAAAUAAAUAAAUAAAUAUUUUUAUAAGGAAGCUCUGGGGUGGUGUUACUAAAGACAUUGAACUCAGCAAACCCUCCCCCUGGGCUCAUUAGCUUUUUUGCUUAGCCUAUGAAAGAUGCCUCAGGGACAAGUGAUGGGGAGAUGAUGGUCCUUUGCUGACCGAGUGCAGCCCAUAUAAUCAUUGCUUACAAUGGAAUAAAAUCUGAUCCCCGCCUCUCGCUGAUUAGCUGACUCAAUAUUGGGACGUUAGCCUGCAUUGUUGUAAACUCGCUGCUAUUAUCCCAGUCGGAGAGGGUAGACAAAAUUGUGAUCAUUUUGUUGAAACCUUGGCUUUUAAAAAUCGUGUGCUGGUGGAACAAGUUGCAAGGAAAUAUAAAUGCCUCAGGCUUCGUUGGGAAUACUUUGAGAUCUCUAUCGAUGAACUCACUGAAGCUUUUAGAAUAUUGGUUAUUAGGUAUUAGUUAUUACUAAUAGUGCCUGGCAUGCUCUGGUCCAUGGGGUCACGAAGAGUCGGACACGACUAAACGACUAAACAACAAAUUAUUACAAACCAGGGUGGAUAAAUGUUAAUGAUUUUUUAAAAUCAGAUUUAAAAAAAAUUAAGUCGGAUUUCUUUUAUUUAAAUCGGAUUUGAAAAAAAAAAUGCUUUUCCAGGAAAAAUAUUUCUAAAUAUAGUUUUCUACUUAAGUUACAUUAUAGUCCAAAGGCUAUUCAUAAGGAAAUAAGGAUUUGGUAAAUAAAUAUAUGAAGCUUUGCCCCCGCCCCCUCUCUGUGUCCUUUCUAGGCUGCUCCAGUCACUCCUUGCGCUACUUAUGCACGGGGGUGUCAGGGCCCAGUCAGGGGCUGCCCCCGUUCAUUGCUGGGGGGUACGUGGACCACCAGCCCAUUGUUAAGUAUGACAGCGAAACCGAGAAGUCUGUGCCCCAAGUUUCCUGGAUGUUGAAAGCAGAGAAGGACAAUGCUCAGUACUGGAGAAAGAGCACCCAGGAAUUCCUCAAGCUGGAUAUGAAAUUUAGCCAGUACCUGCUGGACCUACAGGAUCAAUACAACCAGAGCAAAGGUGAGUGGAGGGCAGGAAGGGAGCUCAGUCUCCCUCUCUCUCUGCCAGGUUUGUCCCUUCCAGGGGCAGGAGAUGGUGACUUGAGAGGGAGAAUAGUGAUUCCUAAACAGGGAUAAGCUGCUUUCUCCCUGCCAGGCAGGCUCCUUUUGGGGUCGUUUGCCCACCUUUGGUCCCCACCUGCACUCGGCUCUCACCUGUGGCUCCUAGAAGCUUUCAACCUGUGACAGCAGCCACAAUCCUGGGAAUCAGGUGAGGGGAGCCGAUGGGUCUCAAAACCUCGGUGCGUUAGGGACGUCCCCUUCAUGCGAAGACAGGCUCUGGUGGGUUGAGCAGAUAAGACCAAGAGUGGGUCCUACGGUCAAAAAGGGGUUUUUUGUGUUGGCUUUUUGCAGUAUGGUAGCGCUGCAGAGAGCUUGCUGGGGAGACCAUGCAUUAAAAAGGGACUCAAAAAUAAUUUAAACAAGGUUUUAAUAAGAAAAACAAAAACUCCUUUUACACUAAAUACAUUAACAAACAAACAUGACCCAACCACCAACCCAUCCCCCAGGGUAAUGGGAGAGCUAGGUGCUGCUCCUUAUAUACUACACCCAAUUACCAACACAGCUUAAUCAAUACAACUCAGCAGCACCUGCUAUGUUUCACAGCUGUAAAGCUGGGUCUCGUUAUUUUGCUCUGGCCCUUUCUCUGGCCCCUUAAAGACAUACACAUCGAGUGGAACAAUGAUGAACCUUUACAUAUUAAACCAUUCAACAUUUCCCCUGCGGUUCAUCAUUGUGGAACAAAAACAUAAAGCAUACUUUGUACAUGUUUUUCAUGUAUACCUUUUGGAAGUGCUUUAGUAAAAAUGUCUGCAAUUUGAUUGUCACCUGGAACAUAUUUAAAUACAACCAUUUCAUCAGCAAUUAGUUUCUUUACAAACUGUAAACGUAAUCUUAAGACUUUAGUGCGCUGCGUAUUGGUUUCUGAACAUAGGAUAGCGAGUCCACUCUGGGAAUCAAGGUAAACUUUUACUGGUAGUGUUACUUGCAUCUGUAGGUCUGCGAAUACUUGCAGAUACCAUUCCACAUCACGAGUGGCCUGAACACAUGCACAUAAUUCACUCUCUGUUGUGGAGAGACAAAUAAUGGUUUGUGUCUGGGACUUCCAUUCAAAUGGACAACCAUUAUAACAAAACACCAUACCAGACACACCCCUGCAAUUAUUUUGUUCCACUGCAUGAGAUGCAUCACAGAAAAUUUCAAAACCUUUGUCAAUACAUGUUGUAAACUGCAACCUAUAAUGUUUGGUAUGUUUAAGGUACAUUACCACUCUCUUAAGAGCAGAGAAACAUUGUGUAGUGGGCUUUUCCACAAAUUUUGCCAGAAAGUGAAAGGCAUAAGUUAUAUCUGGUCUUGAGAUUCUUUGAAUGAAAUUUAGCUUGCCUAUAGCAGAACGAUACAAAGUUUUGUUAGGAAAUGGCUUAUCUUCACCUGUAAAAGUGAAACCACACACCAUGGGCGUUUCCUUCCCAUUUGCAUUUUCUAAACAUAGCAUUUCAACAAGAUCGUCAAUUUUUGCAGUUUGAUGAACCAGAAAAGAUCCAUUUUUGCCUUUCUCAAUUUGCAUGGAUAAGUAAUUUUUAGCUAUGCCUAAUUCCACCACAUCAAAUUUCUUCUGUAACUGUGUUACUACCUGUUCAUAUUCCUGUUUAGUUUUUGUAGAAAUUAACACGUCAUCUACAUAGACACAUAUUUUUGCUACAGAGUUUGCCCUUUCCUUUAUAAACACACAAUUGUCUGCCUUUCCCUGUGAAAAACCAAUAUCCAGCAAUUCUUUUGCUAAAGUUUGGUGCCAGUUCCUUCCACUUUGGUGCAGACCAUAAAGGGAUUUAUUUAAUUUGCAUACCAAACCUUCAGCGGCGUCUAUGCCUUCAGGGACACGCAUAAAAAUUUGUUCUUUUAAAUCUGCAAACAAAUAUGCAGUUUUUAUAUCUAGGUGAUAAACAGAAUGUCCACGUUGUGAUGCAUCUUUUAACAAAAGCUUAACUGUUUCAUAUUUUACACUUGGUGAAUAACACAAAUCAUAAUCUUCGCCUGGAAUUUGUUGAAAACCCCUAGCAACUAAUCUUGCCUUGUACCUUACAACUUCAUUUUUGUCAUUCAUUUUAACUCUAUAAACCCAUUUUGAAUCAAUAAGUCUCAUAUCUGGGGUUUGUGGUACAAGAGACCAAGUGUUAUGCUCUUUUAAAGAAGCUAUUUCAGAGUUCAUAGCUUUAUACCAAUUUACAGCUUGGUGCUUAGGUAAAUUCUGAACAUCAUUGUAGCUUUUUGGCUCAAAACUGCCUUAUUGGCAUACACAGUAUUAAAAUGUUCAUCUGCAAAACGUUGUGGCUUCUGUCUCUUUCUAUCUGAACGUCUCAGUCCGGAAGGAGAGUCAGACUCCUCAGACUUAAUGGGACUAUGUAAACUACUAGUUUCAGGUUGUAAAUCAUCAUUGUCAGACUGAAGAGAUGCCUGUUGGCUAAGCUCACGGUCAGAAAACUCAAGAGAAUCUAACCUCCCUCGGGUGCCUGUGACUUUAAAUCAUCAAAGAAAUUAUCAGAUUCAACAGGCUUUUUGUCUUCUUCCAUUAAUUCAGAAGCACCAUUUCCUGCUGCUGCUGCUGCUGCUUCUUCUACCUCUUCUUCCUCAGUAUUAUCUAUACCAUUACUAUCUUGGAAAACAGCAACACCAUUCCAAUUUACAGUUUGUAUCAUGCUUCUGGUAAUAUGAAAUUUGCCAGUUGCUGGUAUGUAAAUUCUGUACGCCCCCUGCUGGUAGCCCAUUAAUUUUCCCUGGACACUACGUUCACCCAAUUUCUGCUUAGCGGGAUAAUGCAUUAUUACAUCUGAACCCCAAAUGCGUAGGUAUUUCAGAUUAGGGCGUUUUUUAAACAGCUUCUCAUAGGGGGUGACAUCUAAACCAGAAUGAUAACUGCGAUUUCUAACAUAACAAAAGGCAUUGAGCGCUUCAGCCCAAAAGUCUUUGGGCAGAUUAGCAUCAUGCAGAUAAGUUUUAACCCCUGCCUGCAGGUCACGCUGCACAACUUCAACAAGCCCAUUUUGCCAGGGACUUCGGGGGCAAGAUAACUCAUGAGUAGUCCCCUGCGCUUCCAGGAAUUUCUCAAAAUCCUCAGAAACAAAUUCCCCGCCCCUGUCAGAAAAAAGGUUCUUAAUAGGUUUGUUAAAAUGUGUUUUUACCCAGUUGCAAAAAACUUUGUACUUCUCAAAUGCUUGGGACUUCUCAGCUAUUGCAUAAGUCCAACAAUAUCUACUAUACUGGUCUAUCAGGGUAAGCCAGUACUUAGAACCUCCUAAGGAUGGUGGGAGUGGCCCAACUAAAUCACAAUGUACACGCUCAAAUGGCUCAGUUACUUUCCUAUCUGAGCACCUACCCUUGCGUGCAACCUUAAUCUUAUUCUUGCAACAGGAUAGACAUUGCAUAAAGAAUUUACAUGGUUUUAAGUUGAGGCCAUUAACAAUAUUCUUGGUCUUAAUUACAUCAGCAAAAUUCAGAUGUCCCAGAAUUCUGUGCGCCUCAUGGACACACCCAGAAUGUGGCCUUACAUUCCUCAACCCCUGGCUUGACUGUGCUGCUCUGCAAUUUAUAGGCGAUUGGGAGUAGGUGCGAAAAUACAGUCUAUAUAAACCAUCAGAUUCCCGGGCAUACAAUAGACGUUUGUUCCCCUCGAAAAACUCACACAUUGACUUUAAGAAACGCACAGUUAUGCCUUGACGAGCAAAACACCUUACUGACAAUAAAUUGUCCACUGAUGGGCAGUAAAUGCAGUUCGCUAUAGUAAUGUUUAAAGAGUCAAGUUUAACAGUACCCCUGCCAAGCGACUGCAAGACUUGUGAAUUGGCUAAAUGUACAUUACCAAUUUCCUCUUCGAAAGAAAUAAACAAGCUUCGAUCGUUGCAAACGUGCUGAGAUGCUCCUGAGUCCACAAUAAAAGAAUUCCACUUGGCACCUUUAAUUCUUUUACGAUCUCUUGUGCUAGCGUGAAAAGCUCGCGGCUCGUUUCUGUCUUUACGGUACGAUGCCGGCUGCUGAGCUGACGACCGUGACUGACGAACAGAAACAGACUUGGGAGUACUUUGCUUUCUUUUGGAUCUGCAGUCCUUUGCAAAAUGUCCUUGCUUAUUGCAGAACCAACAACGCUUUGCAGCUUUAAAUGCAGUUGUAUCACCACAAGUUUGCAUAUGGCGUUCCUCAUUCUUUCUGGAAAUAGGAGUGCUUAUGGCACAAGCCUCCCUUCUGUCCAACUCGCCCAUUAAUCUUGCCGUUACCCCUUCCACAGUUAAUUGUGCUGGUGGAACGGCAGAUAUCUGGCUAGCUAUACCAUCAAAGUCCUCAUUAAGGGAACAAAGGAUGAUGAAAACAUACUGAAUAUCAGGUAUCUCCAUGUCCCUUCGAAUUAAUUCGCCGCGUAUUGCCUCCAGACGUCUCAAGUGUGCUGCCAAAUCACCACCAGGCUGCAACUUCGUCUGGUACAACUGCUUGAAAAACGUCAAUGCAGACGCUGACUCUUUUCUAACAUGCACUGCUGCAAGACUGUCCCACAUUUCUUUGGCAGUUUUCUUAUUUCUUAUAUAGAUUUACUUGCUGGUCGCUGACUGCCAAAUUAAUUAUCGCCCUGGCUUUUGCAUCUCCUUUCGACCAAGCAUUAGUCACAGGGUCAGGAGGGUCAUCAGUUACAUAGGUCCAUACUUCUCUAGAGGUCAAAAGCGCCUCCACCCGAAAAGACCAUAAACUAUAGUUCUCAUCUGUCAGCUGUGGGAAGACCAGAGCCUUCUCAGCUUCAGGAACCCGGUCAACCAUUCUGGAACUCUUCCAGACCCACAGAACUACGCUAACAGGAGAAGGAGUUUUCAAACCUUUCUCAGAGUCCAAAAAUAUGCAGUCAUCCACUCAGCAGCUGGGCCCAUAACCAAAGAUGUUGGCUUUUGCAGUAUGGUAGCGCUGCAGAGAGCUUGCUGGGGAGACCAUGCAUUAAAAAGGGACUCAAAAAUAAUUUAAACAAGGUUUUAAUAAGAAAAACAAAAACUCCUUUUACACUAAAUACAUUAACAAACAAACAUGACCCAACCACCAACCCAUCCCCCAGGGUAAUGGGAGAGCUAGGUGCUGCUCCUUAUAUACUACACCCAAUUACCAACACAGCUUAAUCAAUACAACUCAGCAGCACCUGCUAUGUUUCACAGCUGUAAAGCUGGGUCUCGUUAUUUUGCUCUGGCCCUUUCUCUGGCCCCUUAAAGACAUACACAUCGAGUGGAACAAUGAUGAACCUUUACAUAUUAAACCAUUCAACAUUUUGCACAAUCCAUAGAGCAACAUUUUUCAGCUGUGGGCCGGUCCACCGCCCCUCAGACCAUGUGGGGGGCCGGACUAUAUUUUGAAAAAAAGAAAGAAUUCCUAUGCCCCACAAAUAACCCAGAAAUGCAUUUUAAAUAAAAGGACGCAUUCUACUCAUGUGAAAACACCAGGCAGGCCCCACAAAUAACCCAGAGAUGCAUUUGAAAUAAAAGGACGCAUUCUACUCAUGUGAAAACACCAGGCAGGCCCCACAAAUAACCCAGAGAUGCAUUUUAAAUAAAAGGAUGCAUUCUACUCAUGUAAAAACACACUGAUUCCCAGACCAUCCGCAGGCUGGAUUUAGCAGGCGAUUGGGCCCCACCCGGCCCCCGGGCCUUAGGUUGCCUACCCCUGCCAUAGAGGGAAGUGAGGGGCAGAUGGGGCUCAUCCACCUGGGAAGGGACCCCAUCUAGGAGGAGGAGAAUCCUGAUCCUAAACCUCCACUGCCUUGUGGGAUAGCUGCAGGAGCAGAAAAGGCUACGGAGUAAACCAUACACACAUCCACAGCAUAGUCCCUAAGGCGGUUGGAUGGCGCCUUCCAUGACUCCUACGGGCAACACCUGCAGCCAAGCUGGUGCCAAACAUCCUGCUCUGCUUUCCUUUGGACCACAUCAGUAAGGCUGAGGGGGAUGUGUGCCUUGUUUAGUAUUAUGAUUGUUAUUGUUAAGGGAUGCAGGUGGCGCUGUGGUGAGCUCCCGUUGCUCUGUCCCAGCUCCUGCCAACCUAGCACUUCGAAAGCAUGCCAGUGCGAGUAGAUAAAUAAGGACUGCUGCAUUGGGAAGGUAAACGGUGUUUCCGUGAACUCUGGUUUCCGUCAUUCUGACCACAACACCUGGAAAGCUGUCUGUGAACAAACGCCAGGUCCCUCAGCCUGAAAGUGGAGAUGAGUGCCACAGCCCCAUAGUCACCUUUGACUGGACUUAACCUACCAGGGGUCCUUUGUUGCUCUUUAGUUGUUUAGUCGUGUCCGACUCUUCGUGACCCCAUGGACCAGAGCACGCCAGGCACUCCUGUCUUCCACUGCCUCCCGCAGUUUGGUCAAACUCAUGCUGGUUGCUUCGAGAACACUAUCCAACCAUCUCGUCCUCCGUCGUCCCCUUCUCCUUGUGCCCUCCAUCUUUCCCAACAUCAGGGUCUUUUCCAGGGAGUCUUCUCUUCUCAUGAGGUGGCCAAAGUAUUGGAGCCUCAGCUUCAGGAUCUGUCCUUCCAGUGAGCACUCAGGGCUGAUUUCCUUAAGAAUGGAGAGGUUUCCUUGCAGUCCAUGGGACUCUCAAGAGUCUCCUCCAGCACCAUAAUUCAAAAGCAUCAAUUCUUUGGCAAUCAGCCUUCCUUAUGGCCAGGGGUCCUUUACCUUUACCUUACUGUUGUUGUUAUUGUGGGGCUUAACAUGGGAUAGAAAUCUUGCUCUGGUGCCCCCCCCCCAAUUGACCUCUCGGGGGUCUCUUUCAGGCUUCCACACUAUGCAGCUCAUGUACGGCUGUGAACUGAGCCCAGACGGGCGCAAAGAAGGGUAUUACCAGUAUGGCUACGACGGGAGGGACUUCCUCAGUUUUGAGAAGGAGACCCUCACCUGGACGGCAGCUGACAGAGAGGCCCGAGAGAUGAAGAGGAAGUGGGAUGCAGAGUUGGCCAAGAAGCAGUACCGGAAGGCCUACCUGGAGGAGGAAUGCAUUGAGUGGCUGCAGAAAUACCUGGGCUACGGGAAUGAAACUCUGCUGAGGACAGGUGAGAUGGGUGGGUGGGGAAUGGGAGUGGGGAGGAGGGCUAAUGCAUCGAAUGGUAGAAUUAUGGAGUUGUAGAGUUGGAAAGGAUCCCCAGGGUCAUCUAGUCUAACCCCCUGCAAUGCAGGGAUCUCAGCUCAAGCAUCCAUGACAGGUGGCCAUCCAACCUCUGCUUAGACUCCUCCAAGGAAGGAGAGUCCACCACCUCCUGGGGGAGACUCUUCCACUGUUGAACAGCUCUUGCUGUUGGAAGGGUAUUCCUUUUUAAAAAAUAUUCGGUCAUACCUUGGUUGCUGAAUGCCUUGGAACUCAUACGUUUCGGCUCCUGAAUGAUCAAAAACCAGAGUUGAGUGUUCCGAUUUUUGAACAAUUUUGGGAAACCGGAUGUCUGGUGCAGCUUCUGUGAUUUCUGAUUGGCUGUAGGAAGCUCCGGCAGCCAAUCGGAAGCCGCACCUUGGUUUAUGAACAGUUCCAGGAGUCAAACAGACUUCCAGAACGCAUUCUGUUUGGGAACCAAGGUACUACUGUGUGUGUAUAUAAUAUAUAUAUAAAGCUAAAUUGACAGAUCUAAUAAGAAGAAAACCCAAAAUUAUGGUCAUGAAACAGUGGGAGUGUCUAAAUGAUUACUUACAAAACCAGGACUCUGCUACCAAAAUCUGGCUGUGUUUAGAAUAAUCUUUUGAGUAACAUAAAAAAUAUAAAGUGAGAUAUUAAGAAGGUUUAAAGUAAAAAUAUGAAGAACAAAGGAUAUGGCGAAUGGAUUAUUAAAAACGUGUGGGGCAAACAGUGGAAGUCUUUUAAAAAUAUUUUAAUUAAGCUAGAUAUGGAUAAGAUGGAAAUACAUAAUUGAACAUAAAUACAGAUUUGAAAUGGUUGUGUAUAGUGAAUACUUAUCUACUUUUAAAAUCUUCAUUCUUGACUUUUCUUCUUUUCUUUUUCUCUUAUAUUUCAUCUUUCAUUUUUCUCUUUUUGUGAACAUCGCUUAUAGAGGUGUAAAUAAUUAUAUGCAUGUGUAGAGGUAAAAUAUUUGUAUUCUUUAUAUUUUCUAAUUUUCCUUUGGUUACAUGUAUUUUCUUUAUUUCUUUGUAUAUUUGUAUAUAUAUUUUUCUAUUUUGUACUUAAUAAUAUUUUUAAAAAAUAAAUAAUAUAAUAUAAUAUAAAAUAUAAAUAAUUAAACUUUUCUGUUUUACAUUUUAGAAUAUUCAUUUAAACAACCUUAAAAUAUCAGUGACUUCCCUCCUUCUCGUUUCAUGGUUCAUUUUGCAUACCUUAAAUCCCUGCAUAUUUUACAUGAACUAAGCCAUUCAGUAUUCCAAUAUUACAUCCAUCAAAACUUAUUUACACUGUUGAAUUUAUCUUUAUGAAAGUUAUUCCUGAUGUUGAGUCUGAAUCUCCUUUCUUGUUGGAGGGUGGAGAGGUGAUUUCGCUACUUAUUUCUCCACCCACGCACAUCAUAUUUCAGACCAAAACUCUGUUUUGUGCAGGAAGGAAGUCUGGGAGUGGGUCACUUCAGGCUACAGUGUGUGGAUGUUGAUUUUUUAUUUUUUUUUAAAUGAGAGAAAUCUGCCUAGAAGGGGGUGGCUGAUAAUUUUGGGUCAGAGGGAGAGAUUGACCCCUGAGCAACUCAGGGAGCUGAAGCGGUCUUUGGACUGUGUGUCAAAACUAUAAAAACAUGGGUGUGGUUGGUAAAAAUAAAUGAGACAUUUGAGGGGUUUUGGGUGUGUGGCUGUCAUGGGCUGGCUGGAUGCAGAAGAAUGGUGGGAGGAACCAGCUGAGGAACCCUCAAGAGAAGAAGGCUCAGAGCUCAGGGAGUGGUGGUAGGACAAUGAUGAACGGUCAAAGGGUGAAGACUAGGAAGUGUCAGAAUCUGAAGAGGUAACAGGGCUUAGUGAGCUGGGAGAGUCUGUGGCAGAGAGCAGUCCAGAACCAGAGGCAGAAGCAGAGGCUGGAGAGGAGGGAGGCCAGGAGACAGAAGCGAGACAGGCUGCUGAAGAAUCCAGGGAGUCUCACCCUCCUGCUGUGACCAGCUCCCCUCCUCCCUGGUCUCAAAGAACCAGCAGAGGCAUGAAGAGGGCAGAGGAGAAGUUAGCUUCAUGCAGGCUAGGGCUCUGAUUGCUUCGGGGAAACACUGAGGGGGUGGGGCGGACUUAGACAACUGUGAGGAAUUGGCGACUUUCAGUCUCCCCAGCUGCCACACAGGGGCUUCAAAUUGAUUUGGGUAUCACAGACCCAUAGCAGGGAGACCCAUGGGGUUUGUCUGAAUACCGUAUUUUUCGUUCUAUAGGGCGCACUGGCCCAUAGGACGCACCUCGUUUUUUGGGGGGGGAAAUGAAUAAAAAAAAUUAUUCCCCCCCCCCGCCGCGGCUGCCGCCCCAAGCCUUGUGCACACCUGCAAGAAGCACGGGGCACCCUCCGGAGGGCUCCCCGUGCUUCGGGCGACAGGCUGCCGCCCCAAGCCUUGCGCGCCCGGCAGGAGGUCCCGCCGAGCGCGCGAGGCUUGCAGACACUUGCCCGAAGCACGGGAGCCCUCCGGAGGGCUCCCCGUGCUUCGGGCGACAAGCUGCCGCCCCAAGCCUCGCGCGCCGGCGGGACCUCCUGCCGGGCGCGCAAGGCUUGCGGACACUCGCCGGGGCUGCAGGCUGCUGCCCGCAAGCCUUGUGAGCCCGCGGGAACUCCCACCGGGCUUGCAAGGCUUGUGGAUAGCUUCCUGAAGCCUGGAGAGCGAGAGGGGUCGGUGCGCACCGAUGCCUCUCGCUCUCCAGGCUUCAGCGAAAGCCUGCAUUCGGCCCAUAGGACGCACACACAUUUCCCCUUCAUUUUUGGAGGGGGAAAAGUGCGUCCUAUGGAGCGAAAAAUACGGUAAUUUCUUUUAAAAAUGGACAAAGGUUUCACAGUGGAACAUCUAUGGGAACAGGUAUGGGGACAUAAUCAGUCUGAGCCAUGGGUCAAUUCAUCUAUUGAUGAUAUUCACUAAAAAGACCUUAAGCAUAUUUGUGGAAGACAGGGAUUUUUAAGUCUGACGAAACACAAGGGAAGUCGAUAAUUUCUCUCUUCUGACCUUGUCAUCUCUUGGGGAUGUUGAAGGCAUCAGUAAUCGAAUUUCAGGUCAGGAUGGCACUGGAUGACCACGUGAAUUGCACCAUCCAUCCUGCCAGCUACUGGAGAGGUUCCUUUGUUUUUGGCAGAGCUCCCAGUGGGGAAGGUGACGCGUCAGGCCCUUCCAGACAGCCAGGAGUCCCUCAUCUGUCAGGCCUAUGGCUUCUACCCCAGAGAGAUUGACACCACCUGGAGGAUGGACGGGAAGGUCAUGGAGCAUGCCACUUUCCGCAGGGACGUCGCUCCCAAUUCCAACGGGACCUACCACGCCUGGCUCAGCAUUGACAUGGACCCCCAGGACAGGAACCGCUAUUAUUGCCACAUAGAGCAUGUCAGCCUAACACAGCCUCUGGUCUUGGCCUGGGAGGAGCCUGGUGAGAAAUGACAGGAGAGGGGCAGGAGGAGGAGUCAGAGAAUCACAAUAGAGUUGGAAAGGACCUCAAGGGUCAUUGAAUUCAUCCCCCUGCAAUGAAGGAAUCUCAGCUAAAGCAUCCAUGACAGAUGACCAUCCAACCUCUUGGAUGGCCUUCUUUGCUGGAUUCUAGGAGGAGAAUGUCCUCCCAGAGUCGAACAAGGGACUCCAGUGCUAUCAUAGGCUAAUACUCCAUGUGACAUCGUCCAUACUUUGGGGGUGCAAAGGAGGAGAUGUGAUUUUGGUUCAGGGAAGUGGGGAGGGCGUAGUGUUCAAAGAGCGGAGUUUGAAGAGUAAUCAUCACAAGGAGGGGGACCCUCUCUGGGAGGUGAGAAAUCUUACCUGUUUUAUUGAUAUAAUUAUGUGGUGUUCCAUGAGGUUGCUGAAUGCCACUCCUAAUCUCUGAAGCCAUCUAAUGGUGAGCGAUGGGUUGCCUUAGAGGGGAGGGCAUUUUUGAGAGAACUGCCAUAGCACAUUGCUUUGCGCAUGGGAGGUCUCAGAUUUGGUAUGCAGAAUCUCUCCUCCAAAAAAAAGAUUGUGAGAUGUCUGGAUGAGGGUUUGGGAGCUGCCACCAGUGUCUGAACAGAAAUAUCUUUUGUUUGCCUGGGACCCAGCGGGCACAUUUGGCGCUCCCCCCAACCCAGUAAAAAGCCCGGCAACGGGCUCGGAAUCGGAGCAGGGGAAGGAGCGCUGUGCUGUGGGCUGUCUGCUUCUUUCGUGGAGUGAAGCCGCAAGCUGUUAACCGGAGAGCGCUGCCUUUUUUCCUUGGAAUUUGGACUUGAAAAUCAACGAUCCGUGAGUAGGAUAUAACGCAAUUGGAACUGUAUAAAAUGUGAAUCUGGCCGAAAGCGGAAAGAGGCAUAAAAAGGAAGUCUGCCUCUUCCUAUUUGUAGAUACAAUAAAGCAUUGAACUUGAAAGCGGAAGCUUAGGAAAAGACGUAUUAGCGGACUUUAACCCAAUCAUCUAACCUGGAUUUCCCCCCCCCCUUAAAUCGAGGGAAAAGGGGGGAGAACUGUGGAUGUGAUUUCUUCAUAAAGAAGUGGAAAUAAAAGGGAUUAAACCAUUGCUCAAUUCCCUGGGAACGGAUUUCCAGAGGCAAUUCAAAAACGGAUGAGAGGAAUGGCAGAUGGUAAAGAGAAAACAGAAGCAUCACAGGCUACAAGGUCGGGCAGGGUUUAUCGAACAGAAGAAGGAUUACAAAGGAGAUUUUCGACCUCUGGCGCCUCUGGAAUCCCAACAACAGCCCCAUCGGCACAACCAAAAGUAAAAGGUAUGGCAAGUGAUGAUGCCUUUGCUCAAGUUUUGGCUAAGGUUAAUGAAUCUUUAAAUAGAAUAAGUCAACAAGUAGCAGAGGCAUGUGACAAGAUUGACCAAAAUACAAUAAGUAUCAAUCAGAAUACAGCAAGUAUAAAUAAUUUGGGCCAGAAAGUAAACACUAAUACAGAGACCAUUCAAAAAUUACUAGAGGAAUCGGCUUCAGUGCGCCAGAUUGCCGAGGAGGCCAAAGAAAUUGCUACAACUUCUGCCACGGAGGUUAAAGAGGUUCAGGAGACAAUACCAUCAUUGCACAAACAACUGGAAGACCAUAAAUUGACCCUGUCUAUGACUGAAUUGAAGGAAAAACAAGUGAAUCUACGGGUCAGAUCGGUACCUGAAGUGGAAAAGGACAAUCUAGCUGAAUUUCUCAUGCAGGAAUUUUCGGACUUUUGGGAUCCAGAAUUGGUAAAAGACAGUUUUAAAAUAGUAAACGCUUUUAGACUUGGGAAAAGAGGAGAGAAGAAGGUGAGAGACUGUUUGAUCACUUUUCGAACAAAAGAAGAGAGGGAUAAGAUUUUGGGUUUGCAUUUCCAGAAGACACUGGAAAUCCAACAGACAAGAGUUGAAAUAUUUAAAGACAUUCCGAAAUACCUUCUGGAUCUCAGAUCAAACUACAAAGAUUUGGUUACCCUGCUGAGAAGUAACAGUAUUAACUUUAGGUGGGAAUUCCCUCAAGGCCUAUCUUUUAGCUACAAAGGAAAGAAGAGGAAAAUAAGAUCGGAAGACGACAAAGACAAAUUUUGGAGAGACCACGGAGAAGACCUACAGAAAGGACUAUCUCCGGAACCAAAAGACCGCUCGAAAAAAGGGAUACCACCGACAGAAGAGGAACAGGCACUAGGUGCAGUAGGAGGAGUACUAACAUAAUAACAUCAUGGCUCUGCAACUACUAACUUGGAACUGUCACGGUCUAAAUUCCCCUCAGAAAAGGAAAUCAGUAUUUCAUAUAUUAAAAAAGGAACAAUUAGAUUUAAUUUGUUUACAAGAAACACAUAUAACAAGAUUACACAGGAAAUUGUUGAUAAAUAAAAGACUUGGUCAAGAGUUUAUUUCAUCGGAUAAAGUUAAAAAAAGAGGGGUUGUGAUUUAUGCAAAGGACAGAUUAUCACCGAAAUUCGUAUUUAAAGAUGACCAAGGAAGAUUUGUGGCAAUUGAAAUUCAAACACAAGGAGAAAAAUUUUUGAUAGUAGGAAUCUAUGCACCAAAUGACGGAAAAUCUGAAUUCUUUAAGAAGUUGCAUGAGAUCCUGAUGGACCACAUGGAUUAUAACAUGAUUUUGAUGGGAGAUAUGAAUGGAGUGGUAUCCACAUAUAUGGACAAGGCACAAAGACAGGUAGUCACCAAGGAUGGUAGACUACCGAAAACUUUUUUUGACAUGACAGACAACUUGGACUUAGUUGACAUUUGGAGAAUAAGAAACCCCAUGGCUAAAGAGGGAACCUUCUUCUCUGAAGCCAAAAUGACAUGGACAAGAAUUGACCAAAUUUGGAUUACUAGAGGAAUGGCACAAAAGACAAGAAAGGUGGAAAUCUGCCCAAAAACUUGCUCCGACCAUAAUGCUGUUAAGUUGGAAAUGAGACUAACACCAACUGGCUCCUUCAGAUGGAAGAUGAAUGACACUUUAUUUAGAGAUGAUGAACUACUUAAGAAGGCCCAAAAAACUUUGAGAGAUUAUUUUGAGAUAAAUCUUAGUACCAACGUGGAGAAAAGAGUAAUCUGGGACGCUAGUAAAGCGGUUAUGAGAGGGUUCUUAAUACAACAGAAUGCAAUAAAGAAAAGAACUCAAAAUGAGAAGAAGGAUAAGAUAAUGGAUAAAAUAAAGGAAUGUGAAAAAAGACUGAGAGUAAACCCCAAAUCUCUAGAGAUUUUGUGAGAGUUAAAGUUAUACCAAGUACAAUAUAUGAAAAUGAUGAAUCAGGAAAUAGAAUGGAAAAUUAAACAAAUGAGACAAAAGACCUUUGAGUCGGCCAAUAAAUGUGGUAAACUGUUGGCAUGGCAAAUGAAAAAGAGACAAAAAUUAAAUACAAUUACGAACUUAGAAGUGGAAGGAAGAAACAUACAGAACCCUGCAGAGAUUAGAAGUUGUUUCCAGAGGUACUUUAAACGAUUAUAUACUCAAGGGCCACUGAAAGAAACAGACUUAGACCAAUUUUUGAAAACAAAUGGAUUACAAAAAAUAUCUCAAGAAAAUAAAUUAAUUUUGAAUCAUAGAAUAACUGAACAGGAAAUAGAAGGUGCCAUUCAAAAUAUGCAACUGGGUAAAUCUCCAGGACCAGACGGUUUGACCUCUAGAUACUACAGAUCUUUAAAAGAAUGGUUAAUUCAACCUUUGAAAGAGGUCUGCAACGAAAUAAUGGAGGGGAAAAGAGCACCAGAGUCGUGGAAAGAAGCAUAUAUUACACUUGUACCAAAAACAGAGACUGAAAAGACACAGCUUAAGAACUACCGCCCUAUAUCGUUACUGAAUGUGGAUUACAAAAUUUUUGCAGAUAUUUUGGCUAAGAGAUUUAAGAAAGUGCUGAUGGAAGAGAUUCAUAAAGACCAAGCGGGCUUUCUCCCAGGAAGACAUUUGUCUGACAAUUUGAGGAAUAUAAUUGAUAUUUUGGAAAAAUUAGAAGUGAAUAUAAACACUAAAGCAGUUUUGAUAUUUGUAGACGCGGAGAAAGCCUUUGACAAUAUUUCUUGGAAUUUUAUGAAGAAGAAUUUCCAGGGUAUGGGGGUAGGCCAAGGCUUUGAGAAUGGUAUAGGUGCAAUUUAUUCAGAACAAAAAGCUAAACUAAUUGUAAAUAAUGUUGUGACGGAAGAACUAAAAAUUGAAAAAGGGACACGACAAGGUUGCCCUAUUUCCCCACUUCUCUUUAUUUCAGUCCUGGAGGUUUUGCUGAAUAUGAUUAGAAGGGACCAGUCGGUUAAAGGUAUACAGGUCGGAACUAAACAGUACAAAUUGAGAGCAUUUGCAGAUGACUUAGUAUUGACGUUACAGGAGCCAGAAUCUAGUACUAAAAGAGUUUUAGAACUGAUUCAGGAAUUUGGUCAAGUGGCAGGAUUUAAAUUGAACAAGUCAAAAACCAAGGUUUUAGAGAAAAACUUAACAUCGUUUGAAAGAGAGAGGUUUCAGAAUGAGACAGGUUUAACAGUGGUUAAGAAAGUUACCGUAUUUUUUGCUCUAUAAGACUCACUUUUUCCCUCCUAAAAAGUAAGGGGAAAUGUGUGUGCGUCUUAUGGAGCGAAUGCAGGCUGCGCAGCUAUCACAGAAGCCAGAACAGCAAGAGGGAUUGCUGCUUUCUCUGCGCAGCGAUUCCUCUUGCUGUUCUGGCUUCUGAGAUUCAGAAUAUUUUUUUUCUUGUUUUCCUACUCCAAAAACUAGGUGCGUCUUGUGGUCUGGUGCGUCCUAUAGAGCAAAAAAUACGGUAAAUACCUUGGGAUUAACAUGACAGCAAAAAAUGGGAAUUUAUUUAAAGACAAUUAUGAAAAAUGUUGGUUGGAAGUGAAAAAAGACUUAGAAAUUUGGUCAAAUCUGAAGCUUUCACUGCUAGGCCGCAUUGCUGCGAUAAAAAUGAAUGUAUUGCCUAGAAUGUUGUUUUUGUUUCAAACUUUGCAGAUCGUCGACAAAAUGGAUUGUUUCAAGAGGUGGCAGAAAAAUAUUUCUAAAUUUGUCUGGCAGGGCAAGAAGCCCAGAAUAAAAUUUAAAAUUCUAACGGAUGUAAAGGAAAGAGGCGGAUUUGCCCUGCCAGACCUUAAACUUUACUAUGAAUCAGCAGCUUUUUGCUGGUUGAAAGAAUGGCUACUUCUUGAAAACACUGACAUUUUGGACUUGGAAGGUUUUAACAAUGUAUUUGGAUGGCAUGCAUAUUUAUGGUAUGAUAAAGUCAAAGCACAUAAAGCAUUUAGAAACCACAUUGUCAGGAAAGCACUAUUUAAUGUUUGGUUAAGAUAUAAGGAUUUGCUAGAAAACAAAACCCCAAGGUGGCUGUCACCAAUGGAAGCGAAAGCCUUGAAAAGGUCAAUAUGGAGGUCAAAUGGCCGAAAUAUUGGGAAAUUUUGGAACAAGACGGAGAUAGACUGAAAUUGCAGAGUUUUGAAAAACUAAAAACAAAGUGCGAGACUGGCUUCAUUAUUAUCAGAUAAUGGAGGCAUUUAAAUUGGACAGGAAAAUUGGCUUCCAGGUGGAAAGAUCAAAAUUAGAAACAGAAUUGCUAGAACCCAAAACUAAGAAUUUGUCAAGAAUGUAUAACUUGCUGCUGAAAUGGAAUACUCAGGAUGAAACGGUAAAAUCGGCUAUGAUUAAAUGGGCACAGGACGUUGGACAUAACAUUAUGUUUGCUGACUGGGAACAGUUGUGGACCACAGGUAUGAAAUUUACGGCAUGUAAUGCCUUAAGAGAGAAUAUUAUGAAAAUGAUAUACAGGUGGUACAUAACCCCAGUCAAGCUUGCAAAAAUUUAUCACUUGCCCGAUAACAAAUGUUGGAAAUGUAAAGAAACUGAAGGUACAUUUUUUCACCUUUGGUGGACGUGCCCAAAGAUUAAGGCUUUCUGGGAAAUGAUAUAUAAUGAAUUAAAAAAGGUAUUUAAGUAUACCUUCCCUAAGAAACCAGAGGCCUUUCUCCUGGGCAUAGUCGGCCAAAUGGUGUUAAAAAGGAUAGAACUUUCUUUAUGUAUGCAACAACAGCAGCAAGAAUACUCAUCGCAAAGUAUUGGAAGACACAAGAACUUCCCAUGCUGGAGGAAUGGCAGAUGAAACUUAUGGACUAUAUGGAACUGGCGGAAAUGACUGGUAGAAUCCGUGACCAGGGAGAAGAGUCGGUGGAGGAAGAUUGGAAGAAAUACAAAGACUAUCUUCAGAAACAUUGCAAAAUUAAAGAAUGUUAGAGUGAUGUUGGACUGAAAAUAAGCGGUUUCCAGCUGUACAGGUUAAGGUUAAUGAUAGACUAAGACUAAAGAUUAGGAUUAAAGAUGUUUAAUGAAAUGGAAAUUUGACAAUUAAGAGGUAAAAUUUUAAUGUUACAUUACAUUAAGACUAAAGAUUAGGUUUAAAGAAGUUGAAGUUAUAUAUUUCAAUAUUAUAUUAAAAUUAAAGAUUGGGAUUAAAAAAGUGGAAAAGAAAUUGCUGGACAAACAAUUUGGAUUGGAAUACAAAAGAGGGAGGUAUGAGGAAGUCCAGAAAAUAAGUAAAUUUAAAAACGGAAAUGGAAAAGAGAUAUUGUUUCUAAUUGUUAUGUUUUUUUUAUUGUUGAUUGUUGUUUUUUGUGUUUUUUUAUUUUCUUUUUGAGAUUUGUAUUGUGUAUUUGUGUAUCUUUUUUGAUGUUUUUCUUUUCUUUCUUUGUUGUUUAAUUUUUGAUUGAAACUUUAAUAAAAAUCAUUAAAAAUAAUAAUAAUAAUAAUAAUGUAAUAAUGGUUCCAAAAUGCCAAGGGGCUGGCAAGUACCUGUCAUCUAGACCAACGACGGAGAAUUUGUGGCCCUCCAGACUCCGAUAUGGACCACAAUUCUCAUCAACCCUGACAGUUAGCCAUGCUGGCUGCUGGGGACCAGAGUCCAGCAACAUUGGCAGAGACACAAAUAUCCCUGACCUCUAGCCCAGAUUUGCACAUGGAUAAUGGAUACCAAGCUGGAAUCUACACACACACACACACACAUAUAAAAAUGCUGUGAAAAUGCUUUUUAAAAACCGUUUUGAAAAAGGCAUUGAAUUUCGCAUAGCUCACUGUCGCCAUCUGGUGUCACAUUAAUAUAUUACACUUUACAAAACAUUUAAAAUGUUUCAUUUGCAGCUGUAUAACUGAGCCUACGGUACAAUUGUUGGCGACUGAGUCGCCGUGUGUCCUGUAGAUCUGUGAUGGUAGCGAUCUACAACUGGGGUUUCCAACCCUUCUCGAACAGUGGGGACAUUUCAAAUGUCAUGAAAGCGCUGUGGGCACCAGAAAUAAAAUGGCAGCCAUGGGCAAGGGACCAUAACACAUUUUCAGCAAUUCAUAUAACAUUAAAAAGAGAUACCUCGCCAGCCAGUGGAGACCGGGAACAGGAGUUAAACUUGCAUGGCACCUGUGAAGGUCUUCCUUGGAGUCUCAGAGGCAGUCGGAGCCCUUGGUCAAGAACGAGCUCCUUCUUGCAAAACAGUGCAAAACAGCUGCUGGAGCAACAAGGGUUUGCCCGCUUCCACCCCAAAUGAUAUUUUGUUGAAUAUUUUGUUGCCCAAGUGUCCCUUCCUGUUUGUUUGUUUGUUUGUUUGUUUGUUUGUUUGUUUGUUGCUUGUAGGCCAUGACUGCCAUCAAAGCCUUGCUUGCAAUCUCUUUUUGGGGCAAGUGAUGGGGGGGAGAGGAAGCAGCAAAGUAGACUCCACUGGUUGCUUAGCCAGUUUCUGCCCACCGGCCACAUGUAACUGGCAGCAGUGGAAUGUCAAAUUUCAGCAGCGCCCUGUGCAAUGCCAAAAUUUGGAAUCCCCGCCUCUCACGCUCCAUCCUCUCCCCGAUCUGAUUUUCUUAUUCUGUUUCUGUAGAGAAAGUACGAAUGAAAGCUGCCUAUGAAAGAACGUCAAGUGAGUGACUCCUUUUUCCUUUGAAAAGUGUUUGUUUUUGUUGUUGCAUGAAUAUAUCGGUGACCGCAGGUGCCAGAGUGGGCAAGGGUUCAGUCAUCAGGUUUGCCCUGGAGAUUUAUAGCAGCCACGAAGUGCUAACCGCCUGUGAUAUAGUGGUCACAGUAAGGUUGGCAUGUGUAGAGCUUUUAUUUGCACGAUAGCCCAAAAGGUUGUUGAUCUCGCCCCCCAAAAAACAGAGACAGAGCUGACAGAGACAGAGCACAGGUUGCCCACAUGCACACAGGUGUUGUUUUUUUUACCCCCCCCCGACAUUAGCUUAAAAGUGUAAAAAUCCCCCCAGAUGGGCAUGUAGACCCCCCAAAAGAGGACAUGUUGGGGAUUUCCAAUACAGUGGUACCUCAGGGUUAAUUCAUUCUGGAGGUCCACAUAACUGUUCAUACACACACACAUACACACACAGUGGUACCUCAGGUUAAGUACUUAAUUCAUUCCGGAGGUCCGUUCUUAACCUGAAACUGUUCUUAACCUGAAGCACCACUUUAGCUAAUGGGGCCCCCCUCUGCCGCCGUGACGCUGGAGCACGAUUUCUGUUCUCAUCCUGAAGCAAAGUUCUUAACCCGAGGUACUAUUUCUGGGUUAGCGGAGUCUGUAACCUGAAGCGUCUGUAACUCGCGGUACCACUGUACGUAUGGCAAGCGUAGGUCAGAGGUAACACGCGGCCAAAGGCCCAUCCCUAUUUCUGGAGCAGGCUCUCUGUCUCCAGCAUCCCAAAACCACCCAGUGAGCAUGAAAGGAGAGUGUGUGUUUUUAGCCACAGUCUGUUCCAAAGCUAAACAUAUAGGAACAGUGAAAAACACAAGGCACUUCCGUUUCAGGAGAAUGGUGUAUGACAGGGCCAGCCCACACAGGAGGCAAGGGGAGGUGACUGCCUCAGGCGGCAGGAUUCAGCAGGGCAGUAGAUCCCCAUGUCAAUCUUUCUCCCUAUGCCCUGGGUAUAAAUCUGCCCUCACCCUUCUACCCUGGUGGGGAGUGGGAGGCCAUUUUGGGGUCUGCCUCAGGUGUCAAAACAUAUUGAGUUUUGCUACGUACAAUGGGACUUCACAGAAAACACAACUUAAGGCAACACUGGAGCACUGCAUAAUCAUUUGCACAUGUACACGCGCAGAUAAUAGUAUAUCCAGGCAACACCUGGAGAACUGCACUGAUGGUUGCAAAGCGUCCUGAAUUAUUAUUCCUGUAUGAUUAUAAUUUUACUGUAUAAUCUUAGGAGGUUGUAGACUGAGACGUAUGUUAACAUUUGGACUUAAUGGGGCAUGGAGGGGUAUAUGUGUGCAAGCAGAGAGGAAAGGUGCAAGUGGAAAUGAGAACGCCCUCCCUAAAACACAGGCAGUGAUACGCACUCUCUUUAUUUUCUCCUUUUUGCAGCAAGCAGCCAGGAGCCCCCCAGCUCCACCAGCUCCUCCGUCGGUAAGUGGGGAAUGGAUGGGGAUGGAUGACCACCUUGAAAACAGGCCUCCGUGGGGAAGGGAUCAUUCUUUUGGUGAUUUUAUUAUUUAUUACUCAAUGUAUAUCUCGCCCUUCCUCCCAAGAAGCCCAGGGGUUCUACUCAGGGUCUGAAGAACAAGAAGGGCUUUAUAUUCCGGAUUGGCUGCUUAGCGUCCCUGUGUAUUUCCCACCUUCCCUAAAGGGAGAGGCUUGGCUGAGUUGCUGGAGCCUCCCCUGGAAACCUUAAGUCCUGGUCUUUGCUCUGAGCAUGUUUAUUUUUAGCGUGGCUUGAUAGGUCAAGGGAUUGGAGCAGGUGGCCUCUGUGCCAUCGAAUGCCCCAACACUGACAGCUUCAUCAUGCUUGUUCCUCUGGUUCCUCCUGCAGUGGACAUUCAAGGCAGCACAGAAAUAGAAAUGAGGAAUUUUCAACAAGGAGGGAGGCCACCUUCAGAUGACUUCUCUUUAUGA